CCCGGUUGCUCAAACCACUUCUACCAUCCGCACGAUAAAAUGGAGGCUUUCGACACAUAUCAGACGCCACUUUCAAGCCGGUAUGCAAGCAAGGAAAUGGCCCACCUGUUCUCCCCGGCAAACCGCUUUUUCACCUGGCGGAAGUUGUGGCUGAACCUCGCCGUCGCGGAGAAGGAACUCGGGCUCCCCAUCUCUGAUGAGGCCGUCGAGCAGAUGAAGGCGAACCUUCAUUUGGACCCGGAACAGUUUGAGAUCGCGGCCGUCGAGGAGAAGAAGAGGCGUCAUGAUGUGAUGGCGCACGUCCAUACUUUUGGGCAAGUCGCGCCUGCCGCCGCGGGCAUCAUUCACCUGGGAGCGACAUCCUGCUAUGUGACCGACAACGCGGACCUCAUCUUCAUCCGCGAAGCACUCACGCUCCUCCUUGCAAAACUCGCAACCGUGAUCGACCGCUUUGCGACGUUCGCGGAGCAAUACCGCGAUCUCCCUACGCUCGGGUUCACGCACUUCCAGCCCGCCCAAUUGACCACCGUCGGGAAGCGUGCCACACUCUGGAUUCAGGAACUGCUCUGGGAUCUGCGCAACAUCAAGCGCGCAAGAGACGAUCUCGGCUUCCGUGGUGUCAAGGGCACGACGGGCACGCAAGCUAGCUUCCUCACUCUGUUUGACGGUGACCAUGACAAGGUCGAAGAGCUUGACCGCCGUGUCACCGAGCUGUCUGGGUUUGGCUAUGCGUAUCCGGUCUCCUCCCAGACAUACUCCCGGAAAAUCGACGUCGACGUCCUCGCGCCCCUGGCCAGUUUCGGUGCGACAGCGCACAAGCUCGCCACCGACUUGCGUCUCCUCGCUAACCUGAAGGAAGUUGAGGAGCCCUUCGAGUCGACGCAGAUCGGGUCCUCCGCGAUGGCAUACAAGCGGAACCCGAUGCGCUCCGAGCGGAUCUGCAGUCUCGCGCGGCACCUCAUGACGAUCCAGCAGAACGCCCUCGGCACCGCAAGUGUGCAGUGGUUCGAGCGCACGCUCGACGACAGCGCCAACAGGCGCAUCACGCUUCCCGAGGCGUUUCUCACCGCGGACAUCGUGCUCACGACGCUGCAGAAUGUGUCCGAGGGCCUGGUCGUGUACCCGAAGGUCAUCGCGCGCCGCAUCUCGCAGGAGCUGCCCUUCAUGGCCACGGAGAACAUCAUCAUGGCCAUCGUGAAGAGCGGCGGGGAUCGCCAAGAGGCGCACGAGAAGAUCCGAGUCCUGUCGCACGAAGCGGGCCACCAGGUCAAGCAUCUUGGGCUGGAGAACGACCUUAUUGAACGUGUUCGCGCGGACCCGUACUUCGACCCGAUCAAGGGCCAGCUCGAGGCGUUGCUCGAGCCCAAGAGCUUCAUUGGACGUGCGCCGCAGCAGGUCGACAAGUUCCUUGCGGAGUGGGUACGCCCUGCGCUUGCCGACAACGAGUUCCAGGCUGCGCUCGGCAAGGCGGGCAAGGCAGAGCUGAAUGUAUGAGGUCGGGAGCCGAGGUGGUUUGUGAAAGAAAGAGACGAAAUUGUGCGACAUGUAUCGAUAUAUAUGAAAAGAAGGUCCGUGCAUUGUAUUGACAUCCUUAUCUCGUUGCCUUACCCUUCGACUUCCGCCCUGCGACAAUAUUGCGCCUUCUUUAGUGUUCUUACGUAGAGAUAACCACGAAUG